CGCCAUACUCUGCACCGGCAAUGAUCGGACCAGACAUCCCCUCUCACCUACCCGCCUCCUCUUCUGCUCGUUCGACGACCUCUGAACGAGACUCAGAGGACAGCGAGACUCAUGGCGCAUCAGCAAUAGGUCCUGCCAUACCGACGCACUUGCUUGCGGGGCCCUCCGCUAGGUCUGAUGGCGAGACCGAGGAGUACGGUCCCGUAUCAGUAGGGCCUACGAUACCUCCUGGUGCUGCCUUUCGGUCACAGCCGCUCAAACCUCAGCAUCCACCGCAAGAUGAAAGCGAAGAGGAAGAUGACUACGUGCCUGCGCUACCUCCAGACAUGCUGGCGUCGCGCGGAGCCGGACCUACUUCUGGAGCUAAGACGAUUGAAAACAAGAGAGUAGUUGGUCCUGCGCUUCCACCGCAUCUGGCUGGCCGGAAGACAUUCUACGACGAAGACGAAGAUGACGAUGACUAUGGUCCUGCACCGCUGCCUUCGGGCUUCGCUUCAAAGGAGAAGAGCGGCGUGGAAGAGUUCCUGGAAAGAGAGGAGAGAAGGAAGAAACAACUCGAGGAAGCGAGCAAGCCCAAGGCGUUGCAAAGAGAGGAAUGGAUGCUCGUCCCUCCGUCUCAGUCCGACCUCCUAGGCUCAAUCGACCCUAUCCGGGUCAAGAGGCCGCGCAAAUUCGCAGCGACUGCACAAACACCUCGCGAUGCUGAUGCCUCACUGUGGACCGAGACACCGGCCGAGCGACAGCAACGUAUCGCAGACGAGGUCGCAGGCAAGCGGCGCCGUGCGACGGAUGCCAGCGGGUCGAAUCUGGAUCCGGAAGAAGAGCGGGAACUAAGGAAGAAGAGGAGGUAUGAAGAGGAAGUUAGGAGAGGCGUGGAGGAACAUACGAGGAAAGUCCGUGGCGGAACGUUGCUCGAUCAGCAUGCCCGGACGACGGUCAGCAAGAACAAAGACGAGGAGGAGGGCCCUCCUGUCAUUUGGGACCACAGCAGAGAUAUGGCGUUGUCUGGGAGACUCAUGGACGACCGGUCGCGCGACAAGUUCGUUAAAGAGGCGAGGGGCUUGGGAGACAGGUUCGGGUCUGGGAAGAGCGGUGGUUUCUUGUAGAUAGCCCAGUGUAUACUCAGCACAUACUCUGCUGUAUCUGGUCUCGACGCACAUCCAAGCAAUAAUGUACAGUAUACAUAGUAGUCUCAAUACCCGCAUGAGACUGCUGGAAUUAUCUUCAUGCACACCGUACUGUCUC